AGCUUUUUGGAUCUUGUUUUGUGUUGUUAUUGAUUGCGUAUAAUUAAGUUCCUUUAAUAUAAAUUAUGAAACUCUGAAAACAGUGGAAAAUAUAAAAGCGUUUGGCGAAUUAAAACUUUUGGAAUUCCCUUUGCAACCACUGGAAAGUGGAAGAAAAGAAAAAAAAUUUGAUUCUGCUAUCAGAAGAUUUUUAAAUUUAUUAUUUAUUCUUUAUAUAUCAAACUAGUAGUGUUUAAAAUGUCAAUUCGGGCAAAAUUUCUCGGUUUUGUGGACGUGAUAAUGAGGAUUCCGCCUCUUUUUCUGCUCGAUGAGAUACUCAAAAUGAAUUUAUUUGAGACUUCUCCUUCGCAUUUUAAUAAUUUAGUUGCAGAAAUUAAUGAAACAAUCAAUAGUAACCUUACAACAAAUCUAACGGACACAACAAUCAGCAGCUUAGACCUAUAUGUAAUAUCUCUAACGCUUCUCAAGUGCGUGGUCUUUCUAAUAGGCUGCUUCAGUUCUGUUGCAAUCUUCAUGCUAUGGACACGUCACUUGGUGAUAGUCUACAUGUAUAUAAUAUCAGUAGGAUUAAUAUUUCUUUCGUAUUGGAGUAACUUGUCAGCAAUUGCACUUAUAAAAGACGGACCAAGUCUUCUUGAAGACAUUCUUAAUGUCAACAUACCGAGACUAACGGCGCCAGAUGGAACGGCAGUGAGCCUUCUACCGCAUUUCAUGUUACAAUGGGUGAUGGGAACGAUUUUCACUUACAUUCAUCUAGGACCAAAGCACAAUUGGACACAAAAAGCAAUUCCAUUUGCAUUUCUAAUGCCACUUUGUUUGGCAACGUUGCCGAUACCAUUGAAGAUUGUUAAACAUGCGCCUACAUUUGCGGCUGUAUUGCCACUAGUGCUGGCAAAAAUUGCUAUUUGGAGUGCUUCUUUUGACAUUUUUAAGACACUUAUCAGUGGAUAUCGGCAUGCUGUAAGUUUUGCUGAGAAUUUCGGUCUUUCAGCACUUGUUGAGAAUGAAUGGCAACGUCUCAAUGUUCCUUGCGUAUUACGAGCUUUCUGGACAAUUAGAUUGAUUGAACAAUUCGCAACAAUGACAUUUGAGUCACAAGAAUCACUCACGUUUAUGUUCACCAUUCAGAAGCUUCUUGUAACAGGAUGUGAAACAUUGAUAGCUCUUCUAGGCAUGACAAGCAUCAUUUCAAUCAUUUGUCAUUAUAUUGGAAAACUUUUCCAAAUGUUUUUGAUGUCAGAAGAAGAUGAAGACAAGUCAAUCGGGACUGUUUCGGCGAUAUUGUUUUAUAUCUUGUCACUUCAAACGGGAUUGACAACAUUACAACCAGAUAAAAGAUUCAUCCGAUUAUGUCGUAACAUGUGCUUACUUGUCACAGCACUUCUUCAUUUCCUUCACAACAUGGUUUCGCCAAUUCUUAUGUCAUUGUCAGCAUCUCACAAUCCAUCUAGAAAACGACACACACGUGCAUUGCUUGUUUGUUUAUUCUUACUCUCAGCACCAAUUCUAUUGUUAAUAACACUGUGGAGUCGUCAUCAACCUAGUACCUGGCUGCUUGCUGUUACCGUCUUUUCGAUUGAAGUUGUCGUAAAGGUGCUAGUAAGUUUAGCAACUUACAUAUUGUUCCUUCUAGAUGCACGUCGACAAACUUUUUGGGAGCGAUUAGACGAUUACAUUUAUUACAUCAAAGCAUUUGGAAAUUCAGUUGAAUUUUGCUUUGGAAUUUUCUUAUUCUUCAAUGGUGCAUGGAUUCUUAUCUUUGAAUCAGGUAGUUUAAUAAGAGGCGUGAUGCUAAUUGUGCAUAGUUACUUCAACAUAUGGUGCGAGGCUAAAGCAGGAUGGUCGGUUUAUAUAAAACGACGAACAGCUGUACAAAAAAUAUCGUCACUGUCAGAAGCAUCAACCGCAGAACUUCAAAAUUUCGAUGACGUUUGUGCAAUUUGUUAUCAAGAAAUGUCAUCAGCUAAAAUCACUAGAUGCAAACAUUAUUUUCAUGGAGUGUGUCUUAGAAAGUGGCUUUACGUUCAGGACAAGUGCCCGUUGUGCCAUGAAAUUGUGAUUAAUCAAGACUUGAAGGCUGAAAUUAUAAAAGUCAAUGAUGAUGCUCAAGUUGAUGAGCAACAUCACCAGCAACAAGUACCAAAUCUUGAGCAUUUAAUGCAAAAUCCUCGUCGUGUUACACCGUCGAGAACAGUUCACCUUCAUCACCAUAAUCGAGGUAGAAGUGAAUCAGAUUCACGUGAGUCAAGUCACAGUUCAUCUAGCAGUAAUUUAACAAAUUAUAUCGAUCCCGAAACCACCACCACAAGUCGAUCAAGUCAGGGUCGAAUGAUGGCUGGAAACUGAUAAGACAAAUCAAAAUUAAAACAACAAAACAAAAACCCUUUUAUGGAGUUAGUCAAUUUUUUUUAAGGUGAAACAAUUAAAAAUGAGAAAAAAAGAGUAAAUUAGACUUAUGUGAUAUGAUAACAAAACGCUGAUAUAAAAAAGAAAAGAAAUUUCAUUUAUUUCAUUGUAAAAUGCAUGGCCGAAAUAAAAAAAUUCUUGACGAGAAUUUUACUGAUGAGUUUGUCAUGAAGUUAAUUUUGUCUUUUAAAAAAAAAUCACUUUUCAAUGACAAUCUUCGAAAAAUUAACAAAAAGAACAUUUAACUAAUCGAAUGUUUCAUUAUAUUUAUUUAAAUUAAGUUAAAAGAUUUUAUAAUAUAAAAUGACAAUACUGAUAAUAAGUUUUUGUUUUUAUUUAUGGAAAAAUUAUUCAUAUCUCCCCAGCAACA